UUGUCCUUAAUUAUGUAAUUAAGGAUAUAUUAGGAUCAUACUUUCGUUGCUUAUGGUUGAAAAUCGGUUUAUUAACUUUAAGAGCAAGAUAAGGACGACAAUCACUCGACAGCAGAGGAUUUAGAGACCAGCAAAUCCUAUCAAGACCAAAGGAAUGUCUCGCAUCCCAGCCCUGUAAAUACCGACAGAGGUGAGGAAGGUCUCAGCAUUGACUUUAUGGGGACCCAACUAGUUGAAAAAGACAUUGAAAAUCUGGCAAGAGACGAGUUGCAAAAACUGCUCCUGGAGCAAGUGGAGCUUAGGAAGAAAUUAGAACGGGAAUUCCAAAGUCUGAAAGAUAAUUUCCAGGAUCAGAUGAAGAGGGAGCUGGCGUAUAGGGAAGAAACGGUCCAACAGCUACAAAUUGUCAGAGAUACCCUGUGUAACGAGCUGGACCAGGAGAGGAAAGCUCGCUACGCCAUCCAGCAGAAGUUAAAAGAGGCCCACGACGCGCUCCACCACUUCUCCUGCAAAAUGCUCACGCCUCGCCACUGCACGGGGAACUGCUCCUUCAAACCACCCCUGCUGCCCCAGUGAGCCCCCCCGCCAAAGCCAUGCGACUUCGGAGUGUAAAUAGCCGGCAGCCCCUUGCGCCACGAAAGGGAAAACCCAGCCACAAGCCAUUUCUAAGGAGACACGUGUAAAUACUGGACUGUGUGGGGCUCUCGGGCUCAGCGUUUCUAGAAGUGU